CCUACAAGCCCCAAGUUUGGAAAAGCAGACUCCUAUGAAAAACUGGAAAAACUAGGGGAAGGGUCCUAUGCUACAGUAUAUAAAGGGAAAAGCAAGGUAAAUGGAAAGCUGGUGGCAUUGAAGGUGAUUAGAUUACAAGAAGAGGAAGGAACCCCAUUUACUGCUAUCAGGGAAGCUUCUCUUUUGAAAGGACUGAAACAUGCUAACAUUGUGCUGCUUCAUGACAUCAUUCACACCAAGGAGACCCUGACACUUGUGUUUGAGUAUGUGCACACUGAUUUAUGUCAGUACAUGGACAAACACCCUGGCGGGCUUCAUCCAGAAAAUGUGAAGUUAUUUUUAUUUCAGUUGCUGCGAGGACUGUCUUACAUCCACCAACGUUACAUUUUGCACAGGGACCUGAAACCACAGAAUCUUCUGAUCAGUGACACGGGGGAGUUAAAGCUGGCAGACUUUGGCCUUGCCAGAGCAAAAUCAGUUCCCAGCCAUACGUAUUCCAAUGAAGUUGUAACCCUAUGGUACAGGCCUCCAGAUGUCCUUCUGGGAUCAACAGAAUAUUCCACUUGCCUUGAUAUGUGGGGAGUGGGUUGUAUCUUUGUAGAAAUGAUUCAAGGGGUCGCUGCUUUUCCAGGAAUGAAAGACAUUCAAGAUCAACUUGAAAGGAUAUUUCUG